AUGUGUGAAAAUGAUGAAGAUAUAAAUGAACGUGGAAAAAUUUUAAUAAGUCUUAUGUAUUCAAAUAAAACAUCAAAUUUUUAUGUUAAAAUAAAACGUGCUUGUUAUUUAUUAUCAAUUGAUAUUGAUCGUAAAUCAAAUCCUUAUUGUCAAUUAUGUUUAUUUUCAUCUGAUCAUUUAUCGAACAAAUUAAAUUUUAAAACAGAUAUUAAAAAAGAAACUUUGAAUCCACAAUUUAAUCAAGAAUUUAUUUAUAAAAAUAUUCAAUUAAAAAAAUUCAUUAAAAAAACAUUACAAAUAACUGUUUAUGAUAAAGAUUUUGGAAAAAAAGAGAAUUUUAUUGGUAACUAG